AUGUCCGGCGUUCAAAAACAGUUAUUUUACCGAAUAAAACAAGUCAGAUCAACUAUAGGGUUACCUCCAAAAUAUAAAGCAGUAUUACAAUCAUUGGGCUUGACCAGAAGAAAUCAAAUCACAUAUGUUAAUGUUGCUCCAACUUCAGCCAAUCAAUUAGCAGCCGUUAAGGAAUUAGUUUCUGUUGAGUUGAGCGAUAUCAAGAAGACUAGACAGGAAAUAAAUCAAGAAAGAAAGUUCAAACCAGGUUACGAGUUGAUCAAAAACGGAAUGAAGAAGAGUUACGCUUAA